CCAUCUAAAUUCACGAGACUACUAAGUACUGUGCUGUAUUACACGAACUGGUACAAAUGUUUUAAUACAAACCUGGAAUCGCGUCCAUAUCUGAGUGACGGAGUCGCUCGAUUUGUCGCGAUAGUCGCUUCGAGGGAAAGACACGAGGCGUAUCGAUCACGAACUCGCCGAGUUGGCAACACCGAUCGAUCCUCCACCGCCCCUGCCGGGGGUGGCCCCUGGGAGCAGCGGACGCGGUCAAACGUGGCUCGCGGCGGCGUGCGGAGGCCACCGCUCAGCAGGGGAUCUGACAACGGCCACUUCUGAUAUUUGCGCAAAAAAACGCAAACUCGCCACUUCGGGUAAUGGUUUUGUCUAAAAACAAUUGCGUCCAGCCGGGGAUUUAAUUUAUUUUUUUAAACAAGUGCGUUUGACCCUUGACCCGGCAACGCGCUCGCCGUAGUUUGGCAGUGACGGCUCAAGAUCAACAAACACCACGCCCGGGGAGGAGCAGCCUCGCCUCCCUUCCUCCUCUCCUCCUCCUCGUCACCAUCUCCUCCUCGUCGUUGCCCUUUGCAUGGGCAGCGUCGGCGUCCCCCGUCGUCUCCCUGCGCCCCUGACCGAUGCUGCCCAGGCUGAGGCUGCUCCGCGCGCGGCCCGGCGGCGGCAGCGGCGGCAGCGGCGGCUACGCGGGCAGCGCCCGGCGGGACCACCAUGACCCCCUCGUGCCCCCCCGGCAGCCCCAGCAGCAGCAGCAGCAGCUCGGCCUCGUGGCGGGGUCGCUCCUCCACCGUCGCCUCCUCGGCGUCGCCACCUCGGGCGCUGCGGGAGGAGGAGGAGGGGGCGCCGAGCCGCUGCCGGCCCGAGCCCGCGUCGUGGUGUGCGGCGCAGGCAUCGUGGGCACCUCGGUGGCGUUCCACCUCGCCGAGCUCGGCUGGACGGACGUGCUGCUGCUGGAGCAGGGCAGGCUGUCAGGAGGAACGACUCGUAUGUGCGCUGGGAUCGUCAGCAGUGUGCGGCACCUGCCUCUGGAGAUUGAGGCCGCCGACUACUCCCUCAAGCUGUACCAAAGCCUGGAGAAGGACACGGGAAUAAGCACAGGAUUUAAGAAGACUGGAGUUAUAUCGCUGGCACAGACUCAAGACCGGAUCAUCUCCCUACAAAGGAUCGCAGCUCAGCUGAAUGCGCGGGGCACAGAGGCCAUGAUGCUGACGGCACAGCAGGUGCUGGAGAUGCACCCGUGGGUGCGUGCUCGCGGCGGGGAUGGUGGCGGCACCGGGGAUAUCCUGGGCGGCCUCCUCGUGCCGGGCGACGGCACCGUCUCCCCUGGCGACGUGUGCCGUGCCCUGGCUCAUGCAGCCGUUGCCCACGGGGUGCAGAUUCGCGAGCGGACGGCGGUGAACCACAUCCUGGUGGACAAAGGCCGUGUGACGGCCGUGGAAACGGACCACGGAGAAGUCGAGUGCGAGUUCUUCGUCAACUGCGCCGGGCAGUGGGCGUACGAGCUGGGCCAGUGUUCCGACGAGGCGGUGUCGGUGCCGCUGCACCCGUGUGAGCACUUCUACCUGCUCACGCAGCCGCUCUCCCCGCCGUUCGGAGAGAAUCUACCAGUGAUCCUGGACCUGGAUGGCCGUGUGUACGUGCGAGAGUGGCAGGGCGGCGUGCUGUCAGGCGGGUACGAGAAGAACCCCAAACCCAUCUUCACUGAGGGCAAGAACCAGGUGGAGUUCCAGACGAUGGAGCAAGACUGGGACCACUACGAGCCCCUGCUGGGCGCGCUGCUGCACCGCAUGCCGGGCCUGGACGGGGCGGCCGUGUCGCGCCUCGUGAACUGCCCCGAGGCGUUCACGCCGGACCUGCGCUGCAUCAUGGGCGAGGCGCCCAACGUCCACAACUACUUUGUCCUCGCCGGGAUGAACUCGGCCGGAUCGACGCUGGCCGGGGGCCUGGGCAAGUACCUGGCGGAGUGGAUGGUGACCGGGAGCCCCUCCGAGAACGUGUGGCCCCUGGACGUCCGCCGCUUCGGGGGCCUCCAGAGCAGCCGCACGUUCCUGCGCCACCGCAUCAUGGAGGUCGUGCCGCUCACGUUUGAGCGCAAGUUCCCGCACGUGGAGUUCCAGACAGGCCGGCGCCUGCGGAUGUCUCCGCUGUUUGACCGCCUGGAUGCGCAGGGCGCCCGCUGGGCCGAGAAGCACGGCUACGAGCGGCCCAAGUUCUUCGUGCCGCCCGAUUGGCCACACGAGGUGGACGAGAGAGGCACCUUCUUCAAGCCGAGCUGGUUCGACAUCGUGCGGGCAGAGGUGGCGUCGUGCAGGGAGGGCGUCAGCGUCAUUGACAUGACCUCCUUCACCAAGUUUGAGCUGCGGUCGGCGGGCAACGAAUCUCUGGAGCUGCUGCAGUCGCUGUGCGCCAACGACCUGGACGUCCCCGUGGGCAGCAUUGCGCACACGGGCAUGCUGAAUGAGGCCGGCGGCUACGAGAACGACUGCAGCGCCGUGCGCGUCACCAAGGGCAACUUCCUGGUGAUCUCUCCGACCGACCAGCACGUGCGCAGCUGGCGCUGGCUGAGCCAGCACCUCCCCGCCGAUGGCUCCGUGCAGCUGGAGGACGUCUCCGACAAGUACACGGCGUUGAACCUCAUCGGGCCCCGGGCGCAAGACGUGCUGUCGGAACUCUCGUACACUCCCGUCACCCCUGAGCACUUCCCCUCCAUGCUCUGCAAGGAGAUGAGCAUCGGCUACGCAAAUGGGAUCCGCAUCAUGAGCAUGACCCACACGGGGGAGCCAGGCUUCAUGCUCUACAUCCCAACAGAGUACGCGCUGCACGUCUACAACGAGCUCAUGAACGUGGGAAAGAAGUUCGGCAUCCGCAACGCGGGGUACCUGGCGCUGCGCAGCCUCCGCAUCGAGAAGCUCUUCGCGUUCUGGGGCCAGGAUUUGGACCCGCACACGACCCCGCUCGAGUGCGGCCGAGAGUUCCGCGUCAAGUUUGACAAGGGCGUGGAGUUUGUGGGGCAGGAGGCGCUGCUGCGACAGCGUGAGGCUGGCGUGCGACGCCGGCUCACCAUGCUUCUCCUGGACGACCACGACCCCGAGGUUGACCCCUGGCCCUGGGGCGGGGAACCCAUCAUCUGCAACGGAGACUUUGCAGGUCUCACCACGAGCUGCGACUACAGUUUCGGGCUGGAGCGCCACGUGUGCCUGGGCUUCGUGUGCCUGGGCCAGCCCAUCACGCCAGACCUGAUCGCGCGCUCCGAGUACGAGGUGCAGGUGGCCCAGCGGCGCUACCAAGCCCGUGCCAAGCUCUACCCCGUACCCAUAAUGCCGAGGAGCUAGCGCGGCCGCCCCCUUCCUCCUGCUCGUUUGCGAAGAGCGUGCAAGAGCCGCCACCCGCUGGCGCCACCCGCCCUCUCAAGAUUCGGGCGUCGUUACGGUCUCACCGCCACGCCUCAUCGUCGCCACCGCCGGCUCCCUCGGCCAGACCCUGCGGUCGCUGCUGCUGCCGCUGCACGAUCAACACGCGGCAACCUCACAAGAUCGGCCCUAACGCUAUCCCGCCAACGCCUCCAAGGUCUUCUCUUCCACUUGGUCAUGAGACUUGUGGAGACCACACUCCAUUGGCCGUGUCGGUCCGUUACAUGCCCCCAACAUUUGUGUUUCAUUCUCUCUUAAUUUUAUUUGCUUCUUGUCCCCGAUCGUUUUCAACAUUUCCGUCCUCGUGGUGGUUUGUCACCUCAGAACGAAUAAAAUGUCACCCCGUGCCUCUCGCGGUGGCAGCUCUAACGCCGCACAGCCCGGAAGACGGCGCCCAGAGGGGCUGCGUGAGUGGGGGCGGCUCGCGCAUCCCCGUGCAGCACGAGGUGACGCCUCUGCGUGCCCUCUUAAGAGUUUACAGUGAAUUUGCCGAGAUCCUCGGCUCACUACAUCUCGAGAAGCUGUGUUCACUACAGGUAACUAAACACCUGGACUCGGUAAUAAUCAGUGCUGCGAGCCGCGUGCUGCGAUGGCGGCACUGUGAGAACGACGGUCGACGCGGCCCCGCCGUGCGGCCCCUCCUUGCUCGCCGCACAAAAUCCGUCCUGGCUCCGCCGCUGGCGUCCACACACGGAGAACGGCGAGCGCUUCCCGCAAGUCUUUGCCACAGGCGACCAGGGCCUCGUGCCUUCGCGGCGGGGGAACGACCCCGCAGCUCGAGGCCACGCGACAUCGUCGUCAGGUGGAGUUCCCUCGACGCAGACGCCGCAUUCCCGUGGUCCGUCCGUUUCACGCGGACGAACGUUUGUCUCCCCCGUGUGUAUGCGCGCGUGGGAAUGCUGCCGCGGCGUAGCGGGAUGCGCACUGGACCUGCAACCCGUUGGUCGCCGUGUGCCCAUCACACACAUGGGGCAUGUUUCUUAAAUCCCCUUCCCCACGCCUCGGUCCGCCCAGCAGUAUGAACUGGUGCGUGGCCGUCGUCGAGUGAUCUCUUGCGGUUGGGUUAGAGUGAGGAUUCUACCCACCUUUAUUGCUCCCACCCCCAUCACGACCUCUAUCCUCUCGUUGGGCUCUUUAGAAUCUCUGGUGGAGGCCACUUCCGCAGAGUGGCAUGAGUAAGCAAUUGAAGGGCUGCGCCACGCAGUGGCAGUGUUAUCGGCACAUCACUUUUGCCUUGCUAGGUGCACCUUGAGGCCACAGUAAGUGUUGAAGGUUUGCUAGCAGGAGGUCACAUAACAGACUUAGGUGCCAUGGGUUCCCUGACUGAAAUGACUGGCACAUGCACCACCUGUGGUCCCCAUUGUCCCAAAUAGAUGAUUUUUAUCUGCUGGGCGCUCCGCUCGUUGUUGGAGGGCGACUGAUUCCAACUGUCCAGUAGCAUCCUUUACGAGCCUCCUCUACAGAGGCCGAUCUUGGUACCACUGCUACCAGUCAUAGGCAAGUCCACUCAGCUCCAUAUUCUCUUGUACCACAUCAGUACAUCUCUUCUGUAGCCCGUGCCGAACCUGUUUAGCCCCAUCUAUCCGGCUAAACAGAAGCUGCUUGGGGCAAGCGGUGGCUGGUCUUGCGGGCUACAUGACCCAGCCAACGUAGCCUUGCUUGCCGGAGGAGCUCACUGAUGGGAGUGUCCAGAUCUUAUAUACAAACUGUAUAUACACGUAUAUUGGGGCUUCCUUCCUGUGAUGUACAAGAGUGUGAAACCAACUGCACCGCAAGGGGUUAUUGCAUCUGGUCAUUGGUGACUGGGCUGACACAAGUAAAUAAUGUUCCACAUGAAAACUCGUUUUCACGUGUGUAGACUGGUCGACACACACCGUUCCGGAUGCAAGAGAAAUCAGGAGUAUUUUAACGCUCCCAAAACAAACGAUAAAACUUUAAAUGAUGGGAUGUCACAGACGAGGCAAAUGUGGCUGUGGGCACGUUGGGUGCAAAGGAAUUGUCUCCUUAAAUAAAUUAGCGGUAAUGUGCCGCAUAUUGAUUUUACUUUCAAAGCACCGUGUUACUUAAAUGGUUAUCCAGGCACGUGGUUAUGUCAUAAAGUGCUUUACUCACUAAACAGUGCGACUUCAAAUCGUGGUCGAUCAGGAGUUGACUCAACUCUGUCGUCACUCUGGAUUCGAUUAUUAAAGGGUCCUCCUGUUUGUGGACCAUCAACAGCUGUUUGUGUCUUGUGGAGGUCAUAGAAAUAUGGCAAUUCCACUAUUGGCUCAUCACAUUUGUGCAUGGAGACAGACUGUUUUUUUACUUAAUCGACUGCAUGUUUUAUAAUCUCAUUGUGGGUUGUAUAGUUUCCAGGUUUGCCACACAGAAAAUAUGGUAAUGUUCAAACUCCUCUUUUAAACAUUUAUAAAUUUAAAAAAAUCAUUUCUUUCCACCAUACAAACACUGGUCUUUAACCAAGCGCUUGGCUAACAUUCGCACAUUACAGACUGGGGCUCCCUGCUCCAGUUUCUCCUCUCUUCACAGCCGGCGCCUGGGCUCCCCCCCCCCCCCCCUCACGUCGAGAAUGAAUCCCGUGCACCAUAAGCUAAGGUUGCCUCUUCUUGCCAUGCAUUUGGGUUCCGACGUUUCGCAUUGCUUUCUCAACUGCUUGUCCAAGACAUCUUCGAGGAAGCGAUUCUUGUGCCCUUUGCAAAGACUUUUGCCCAACAUGCUGUACACAAAGGCACGUUCAUAUACAUCUAUCUGGCAUAUCAUACAUUUCAAAAGCGCUACUAUAUUUAUUUUUAUGGUUAUAUUUGUGUUGUUAAGCGUUAUAUUAUUGUUACAUUUGUUUGUGUCGUUGUGCAGAGUUCGGUGCUUUAAUCCACAAGUGGGGAGAAAUGUGGUCUGGUUCAGAUUUUCAUGAAAUCCAAUAAACUGGUCGUUUAAAUUCCA